CCUCGAUUCCCUGCCGGGCCGCCUCCUCCACCAGUUUCUGGGGUCCAGUCGCAGCCGGGACAACUUCCCAACCAACAAUGUCAGUGUCUUUUUCCUCUUCUUCCAUUCCAGAUAUUCUAAAUUGCUUGCUUUAAAGUCUUUGACCUUAUUCGCCUUCCCCCCUCUUUUCUGCUUUGUUUACCUAUCGCGCGAGGUAGCAAUGUUCCGGCGCAGGAGCAGUCGUGCUAAUAAACCAGCAGUAUUGGGUUACAAUGACUGGAACCUGGGGGUUCAAGACAUGCAUAACUUUCACCCGUCCUACCUGUUCAACGCACCCGAGAUGACCAACGAAUAUAACCUGCUCGGCGACUUUCUCAGCACAAGCCUUCUUGACGACGGCGGCAUGUACUCGGCCGAUGAUCUGCACAGUGUGUUCAACGACCCCGCGUUGCUGGGAGCAAUGGCCACAAAUUUGGGUGACGGGGCUGGGGGUACUGCACUGGCUCCGACGCAACGACAUCCAGCUCAGCAACAGCGUCCUCCAAUCGCGGCGGAUGCGACGGCGGCGACGGCGAUGAUGACAGGUGGACCAAGCGCAGCCGCUGAGGGUGGUGGUGCCGCCGCUGUCAGUGGCAGUGCCGCGCCCACUGGUGGACCCGCAAGCAACGCGCUUACCCGGCCCGGCGGCGCUACCGCACCUAUCGAUAAGGCCCGCGAAACGUACUACAUGACGGCAGCGGACCCGUCUGGCACAGAUGCGCCCGAGGAACGCAUGCAACGGCUGCUCAAAGCAAAGUAUGAUGCUGGACUGCUGAAACCGUUUAAUUACGUCAAGGGAUAUGCGCGGCUGAACCAGUACAUGGAGCGCCACAUGCAGCCGAGCUCACGGCAAAAGAUUCUCCGACAACUGGACAAGUUCCGGCCCAAGUUUCGAGAGCGCAUGCAAUCUCUGACCGACAUUGAGCUGGUGCUGGUCGAAAUGUGGUUUGAGCGAUCGCUGAUGGAGUACGACCGAGUCUUUGCAAGUAUGGCCAUUCCCGCAUGCUGCUGGCGACGGACCGGAGAAAUCUUUCGUGGAAACCGAGAAAUGGCAGAACUCAUCCACGUUCCAAUUGAAAGUUUGCGCGAUGGCAAACUUGCCAUUCACGAAAUCAUUGUCGAAGAACAUCUCGUCAGCUAUUGGGAGAAAUUUGGCGCUAUUGCUUUUGAUAAUACCCAAAAAGCCAUGCUCACGAGCUGUACGCUCAAGAAUCCCGAUCUCAAUUCCAAAGACCCAGAAAUCCCUUGCUGUUUUUCGUUUACUAUUCGUCGUGAUACCCAUAAUAUCCCAUCCAUUAUACUAGGAAACUUUUUACCCAUGGAUCCUCCAAAACGAUAGUCUUGUGCAGUGCCACUACCUGACCUUUUCUUCCUUUUUCUCUCCCUCCCUGUUUCGUGGAUCGCAGGUUCUUGAACAUCGACUGUAGAUGUCCUGACUCCUUUUAUUUCCUUUUUUUUUUUUUUUUUCCUUUUAUUGUUUUUACUCUGUGCCGU